UUGUGCAUCCAGCAAACUGUCUAUAUCCGCGCCAAGGCCGUGUGGAUCGAAUUGCUCCUUUGGAAAGUUAGAGCUAUAUUCAUCCAGCUCAACAAACUCUACCAACUUUUCAUAGAUAUGUGGAUUUCGGAACGCUUUGCUCUCUUGCAAAUGUUCAUUGAACCGGGUGCCAGAUUCUCUUAAAGACAAAAAAUGAAUUAUGCGAGCCUACAACCGACAGAAACGAGCAGUAUCAAUUUCCGUCCGUGCAUAGAAUUGUAUUACACAUGUCGUAAACGUUACUUUACCUCUACGUCCGGAUCGCAGUCGCCGGCUGGCUCUGGUGCAAUGUUCCAAUUUUCCACGCCAGGUACAGGAUCUGGCUUAAGCAGUAAUUUCCGUCUCCUUUCUUGCUCAUCUCCAUCCUCUAUGUUCAUGGGUGUUGCCGUAUCAUCAUUGUCCGCAGCUAUCGAUGUAGUUUUUGGUGGCGCCGGUUCUGGCAAGGACGUUGGUCGGACUACCGGUUUACUGUGAAUGUGUACUGUGCUUUAUUUUGAAUAUGGUCUUUGAUACACCAUGAAUCUCGUACCUUGUAAACCAUCCGUGUCCGACUUUCGUUUCUGGCAGUAUUAGAAAGCAAAUUCAUACAAGGUCAAUUCACGCUGUUGCCUGUUAAUCGCGAGAGAAUCAUGCGAUGUUUGACUUACAGAAGGAGG